GGGUGGUGGAAUGGGCGGGGGGAUGGGCGGUGGAAUGGGCGGAAUGGGUGGUAUGGGACUUGAUAAUGGUAUGCAGGCGCAACAGAUGCAAGCACAGAUGAGCCGGCAGAUGCAGUUUAUGCCAAUGGGACAAAUGCAGGCUUCUGCUCCUCAGGUCCCUCUAGGACGAGCAGGCGAGCAUGUCGGUGACCGAGUCAAACCAUGGACGGCCGGUGAUCACUACGGGCCGGUCCUCCAGCCAUUCCUUAUCCACAAACUAGGCGCCAAACCUCUGCUCAACCCUCUCCUUCAACCUCCCCCGGACGAUCUGGGCCGCGAAUACCUAAAAUGGGACAUGCUCCACUCUCCCAAUACCUGCCAGAGCUCGAAGGACGCUGGUAAUGUCUCCUGGAGCUCAGGACGCGGUGAACCGGCAACCUUCCCGCGAGUCACCUCUAUCGUUCUCUACAUCGAGCGGCAACUAGCGUCUAUCCAGAUAAACGCAGCUAACAAAGACGUUGGGGUGACUUGCGGUGAUGUCAUUGAUGGCAUAGCGCAUUUCAUGCGAAGGAUUGUCACGAAAGACGAGGUGGAUACAUUCGGCGCCGCCGACAAGAAGAUGGCUGUGACUGCGUACCGGCGGCAUCGCUCUACGGCGCCGGGGAUGCCGGGGGGUGCGCUGCCGAGGGAGAUGAUCCGUAUGGAUUUGUUAGGUCCCUACACGGUGUUUGGCGGUGUGCAGAAGAGCGACGGUCUCAUUCAGAGACGAUGUAACUCUGAUUUCCCAUGUGCAUUUGAGCUGCUGUGUAUACAGAUGCCGAUGACGCAGUCUGAGAUCAGGGAUCUUCAGGCUAGGCAGAGGGCGGAGGAGGAGCGGAGGCGCGCGAGGGAGGAGGCGGAAGUACAGAGGAGGGAAGAGGAUAUACGGAGGAGGGAGGCAGAGGUACAGAGAAGAGAGGCGGCGCAAGAGACGAGGCAAAGAGAGCUGACGGCGGAAGAUGCUCACUCAUCGUCGGGCAGACCAGGCAGGUCGGUGAGUAGGUCUGGGUCGACGGCGGCGUCGAGCAGGACAUCGUCUACAACACGGACUGGGAUUACAUCAGUAUCACGUUCUUCGAGUCGACGAACACCUGCAGCCACGGUUGAGACAAUCAGUGAUGAUGAUGACCAGUAAAUUCA